AUGCAACCUCACGUAAAAUAUCGGAAAGCAUCUUGGAAAUAACGGUGUCUCGCAUUUUAUAGCAUCUAAAUAUUCGACUCCUGUUGUCCGACAUUCACAUCAAGUCCGUCAAUGUCCAACAUACAAUGGCAACAGCACAACUAGCCGCACCCAUCUCGCUUACGGCCCGGGACGCUGAAACCGACAUGGAGCCAUUGGCCCGGGCGUCCAACUUGCCGCCAAUAUCUCGCAAGAAGCAAGCUGCGGUGCUCCUCUCCGCCUUUACGACGAUUGCCCUCACCAUAGGGUACAACCAAUGCUAUGGCGUGUUUCAGGAGUAUUAUCUCUCGUUCAGCCAGGAUGUGCUGGUGCCUUCUCCGGCCACGCAGACCUCACCGCCGACAGCAUUCCUCGCCUUCGUGGGCACGCUGUGCUAUGGACUAACCUGGGCCGGCGGCAUCCUCGUAAACCCGGUGAUCGCACGUAUCGAGCAUGGGAUCUGGGGCCCGACCACACCCUCGACUCGGCUCUGGCGCCGCAGGGUGCUGCGCCUGUUGACGCCAAGAACAAUCACCGUGUCGGGCGUGCUCAUCAUGACAGCCGGCUUCGCACUGGCCUCCUUCAGCCGUUCCAUAUGGCAUCUCUUGCUCACACAAGGCUUUCUAGUCGGCCUCGGCAUGUCGCUCUUGUACUUCCCGCUUCUAGCGCCUGCACCGGAGUACUUCACCAACCACCGUGCGACAGCGAUGGGUUUCAUCCUCGCGGGCGGCGGCAUCGGCGGCCUCGUGCUAUCACCUGUCAUCCGUGCACUUCUUAGCUCUCUCGGCGGCCGUUGGACGCUCCGGAUCUAUGCCGUCUUCAACCUGCUUGCCGGCUUGCCCAUCGCCUGGGCCGUCCCGCGGAGCCGCUUCGCAACCGUGUCAACCGACGGAGGACUGGAGCGGAGAAGAAACACGCACGUGUCACGGGCGCUGGCCGCUCGACCCACCUUUCUCCUCUCUGCCGUCGCCGCCUUUCUCCAGGCGGCCGGCGCACAGCUCCCGCUCUCGUUCAUCCCCUCCUACACGGUCGUGCUCGGCCUCGGCGCCUCGACAGGUGCCAAGCUCCUUGCCGCCAGCAACGCCGUCAACGCCGUGUCGCGCGUCUUGACUGGAUACGCCGGCGACCGACUCGGCCGGCAGAACACCCUUGUCUUGACGCUCCUCCUCGCCGCGUGCAGCGUCUUCGCUCUCUGGCUCUCCAGCUCCCGGACGCAGGAUGCGUCGCCAUCCGCUACUGCGCUGUGGCUGGCGUUUAUUGCUCUGUACAGCUCCUCGGCCGGGGGAUAUUACGCGCUAUUCCCGGCUCUCGUGGCCGAUGUCUUCGGCAUCCGGCAGUACGCAGCGGUGAAUGCGUUUAUCCUCUUUGUGCGGGGCCUGGGGACGAUGUUCGGGAGUCCUGUUGGGGGUCAGCUGCUGGGCGCUUCGGACGAGGGGGUUCGGGCGUAUACGAGUAUCGCAUAUUGGGACGGGGCACUCUUGAUGGGUGCGACGGUCUGUUGUGUGGGGGUUCGCUGGGCCGAUGCGAAGGGCAAGGGUUGGAAAUGGAUUGGUUGAUGGGCAGCACGGGGUAGUCCAGCUGAUAUCAGUGAUAUCCAGACUGUUAAUGAUGUCUUCUACUAUUGAACUCCGGGACCAGGAUAACGAGCAAGGAAAUCAACAAUUGCGGCAC